UUUUUUAUAUUGAAUAUAUGUGAAUACUGUGAUGCCUUGACUAUUAAAGGUUCUUUUUAAUGAAAAAUAAAUUCAAUUAAUUUUCUAAACUUUCUCAAAAAAGCAUACAAAAGUUUCAUCACUACAUUCCGGUCUCAACACUCAAGUCUCAAGUCAACAUCAAACCCUUUUCCGGAAACGGCAAUACUUUCCAGCUUCGCUCCACGCAUCAUGGAUUGAUUGAUUGAUCGAGGCUUGGCUAUCAAACAGAACUCUCAAGUUGAAAAGAUGCUUCUAAAAUAUAAGUCAAAGCAUACAAGUUCAUCCAAGAAACAAUAUCCAACAAUCAUAGAAGAGCUAUGCCAUAAAUUUUCUCUGGAAGAUCUUAAGAAAUCAACCAAUAACUUUGAUGAAUAUAGAAAAAUUAGGAAAACAAAAUUCAGUAUAGUGUACAAAGGUUAUAUCACACAUAAUGGUGAAACUGAUUAUCCAAUAGCAUUGAAGCGGAUGAGAAAUAUAUUUGAUCAAUGGAAGUUCAAGAAGGAAAUUGAAUUUCAUUGCCAGCUUCAUCACCCAAAUUUGACAUCUUUAAUAGGAUUCUGUGACCAGAAAGAUGAGAGGAUUCUUGUCUAUGAGUACAUGGUCAAUGGCUCUCUCUAUGAUCACUUAUGUUCAAGGGAUAUGGAACUACUUUCAUGGAAGAAAAGGCUUGAAAUAUGCAUUGGAGCUGCAAAAGGACUACACUACCUUCAUACAGGAGCAAAGUGCACGAUUUUUCAUUGCGACAUUAAGCCUCAAACCAUUCUGUUAGAUGACAGUAUGGUACCGAAACUCUCACAUCUUGGAUUUUCCUUACAAGGGAAGCUUUAUAAAUCGAAGCCAAAACCAGUUAAAGUCGACAUCCUUAUUGGUUCAUUUGUUUACAUGGCACCGGAGUAUAUCCGCACCAAUAUUUUCACCGAUAAAUGUGAUGUUUACUCCUUUGGUAUGGUUCUACUUGAAGUAAUAUGCACAAACUACAGGCAUACCAUCUAUGAUAAGAUGAACAUGUUAGAGAAUCCGAAUUUGACUUUACAAGAGUCAAUUAAUCUAAUUAAUCCAGCUAACUUUUUGGAGAAGUUUACAGCUUAUGAGAUUAUUGAUCCUAUUCUCAUGAGAUUGAUUGCACCACAAUGUUUGGAAGUGUUCAUGGAUGUAAUGAAAAGAUGCUUGAAUAUUGAAUCAAAUGAAAGACCAACAAUGGGUGAGGUUGAGGUUAAACUUGAGCAUGCUCUAGCAUUGCAAGAGGAAGCAAAUAAUGGAAAAAGUAAUGGUGAUUAUUACCGUCAAUGUUAGGAUUGUUAGUAACUGAUAUAAUUUAUUGGAAGUGGAGAUCGAAUCCUCGAUUUUCUUGUCGCUCUGCUCGCUAACUCAUUCAUCUUAACCGCUAAGUCAAUCUUAUAUUUUCAUUUCUACCUAA